AUGGGAUUUAUCACAUCUGAUUAUCCAUUAUCUAUCAGACCAUCACUAUUUAGCUCUCAGUAUGCUGGACAGGGUGCUACAAUGUCACACAGAGCAGUGGGAAGUAAUAGCCUCAUAUUGGCUAGAGAGCAUGCAAAAAGGAGUAUCGGCUAUCCCCUUCCCCUUAACCUGGGAUCAAUGUUAGUUUGUUUCCAAGCAUGUACACGCUGUUUCUGCUGGAAUUUUUCUGGAAAAUUCGAGAUGAACUUUUGUUUACAAUUUGCAGUUGAUAGAAGAGAGAAAAAAGGGCUCCCUUCAUCAUCAUCUGGCAAGAAAAGAAAGGCUGUUGAUUCCUUUGACGACUCAGUGGUGCAGGAAGGGAGGAAGACAAUUUCCCUUGCCAAAGUGUCUUUAACCACACCUCAUUUCCCAAAGCCAUCCUUUAAAAUUGGUGAAUGUAUCCGUAGAGCUGCUAGCCAAAUGACUGGAUCUCCGUUGAUUCCAAAGGGUAAGCUUGAUGGAGGCAGUGAAAAUCCUGCUGCAGAUGGAUAUGAUGCUGCCUUUGAUAAUUCUGAAGAUGCGCAGCGAAAGAGGAUGAAUGUUACAGCUGAAUACUCAUCACUAGAUGAGUUGCUAUCACAACUUCACUUGGCAGCAUGUGAUCCAAUGAAAAGUUACAGUUCUUUUAAUAUUUUUAUUAGCUUCUUUUCUGAUUUCAGAGAUUCACUGGUUGUGGAUCAGCUUCCUGGGGACAAAGCAGGUGGCAAAAGGAAGAAGUCACCCAAUUUUAUUGUUGGGUCUCCAGAAACUUUUGAGUUUGAGGACAUGAAUGACACUUAUUGGACUGACAGAAUAGUCCAAAAUGGUUCUGAAGAGCACCCAUUACAUGGAAAUGGAAGGGGACAAUAUCAAAUUGUGCCUGUUGAAUUAGAGAAACCACUUCAAAAAGGCCGUAAGUCACGGAAACGAUAUUCUGAUGCCAAUCACGAUCUGACAGCAGAAAAACCCCCUGGCUAUGUUGAUGAGAGGGCCCCGGCAGAACUUGUUAUGAACUUCUCUGAGAUUAAUUCUGUUCCUUCAGAAACAAAGCUAAAUAAGAUGUUCAAGCACUUCGGUCCAUUAAAGGAAUCUGAGACAGAAGUUGAUCGUGAAACCAGUCGUGCCAGAGUUGUUUUUAGAAGAUCAUCUGAUGCAGAAGUUGCCUACAAUAGUGCUGGAAAGUUCAACAUCUUUGGGUCAGUGGCUGUAAAUUAUCAACUCAACUACACUAUAUCUGAAUCAUUCAAAGCUUCAUUGUAUGCUCCGACCCUAGCUGAGGAGACUCCACUCAUGGCUUCAGCCCUAGGUGGGGACCAUGGACUUGUUGCCUCAUCACUGAGUGAAACUUCACUCAUUGCCCCAAGCCUAGGCGAGGAAGCUUCUUUCAUGGUUUCAACCCUUGGUGAGGAAACUUUAUCCAUUGCUACAACGUUCCAUGAGGAAUCUUCAAUGAUAGCGUCUUCCUUAGGUGACGACACUUUGGCCAUUCCCACAACCUUAGGUGAUGGAACUUCAGUUAUUGCCGGAACCAUGUAUGAGGAAACAUUGCCCAUUGCCUCUACUACGGGUGAGGGAACUAUGGGUGUUGCUACAACUAUUGGUGACCGAUCGUUUAUGGUUGCCACAACUGUAGGUGAAGAAUUUUCAACAGUUGUUACAACUAUUAGUGAGCAAACCUCAACAGUUGCCAUGGGUGAGGAAGAUUCAUUUAUAACCACAACCUUGAGCAAAGAAACUUCAACCAUCACCACAACUUUGGGUGAGGAAACCUCAAUGGUUAAUGUAAGUCUAGGUGAGGAAACUUCAAGCAUGGCUACCUUUGGUCAUGAAACUCCAACCAUUCCCGCAAGCUUGGGUGAAGAAACUCCUAGUAUUCCCACAAGCUUGGGUGAAGAAACUCCUAGCAUUCCCACAACCUUGGAUGAAGAAAUGCCUAGUGUUCCCACAACCUUGGGUGAAGAAACUCCUAGCAUUCCCACAACCUUGGGUGAAGAAAUUCUUACCAUUCCCACAAACUUGGGCGAAGAAACUCCUAUCUAUCCUGUGACCUUGGCAGAAGAAACCCCUGCCAUUACCAUAACUGUGGGCCAAGAAACUCCUGAUCUACACACAACAUUGGGUGAAGAAACUCCAGUCAUUCCUCCAACCUUGGACAAAGAAACUCCAGUCAUUCCUUCGACCUUGGGUGAAGAAACUCCUGCCAUUUCUCCAACCUUUUGCGACGAAACUUCAACCAUCACUGCAACCCUGGGUCAGGAAACUCAGACCAUUACUACAACCUUCGGUGAGGAAAAUACAACCGUUCCUGCAACGUUGGUUGAGGAAACUACAACUAUUCCCACAACCUUGCAUGAAGAAACUCUAGCUGUUCCCACAACCUUGGCUGAGGAAACUCUAACUAUUCCCACAACCUUGGGCAAGGAAACUGCAAGUAUUCCCACCACCUUGGGCGAGGAAACUGCAAGUAUUCCCAAAACCUUGGGUGAGGAAACAUCAACUAAUUCCACAACCUUGGGUGAGGAAACUUCUACUAUUCCAACAACCUUGGCUGAGGAAAUUCCAACUAAUCCGACAACCGUGACUGAGGAAACUUCGACUAUUCCCGCAACCUUGGGCGAGGAAACUUUGGCUAUUCCCACAACCUUGGGUUUGGAAGCUUCGACUGUUCUCACAACUACAGGUGAGGAAACAUUAACUGUUUCGACAACUAUGGGAAUGGAGACUUUGCCCCCUGCUGUGGCUGAAGGCGCGAACGCAUCCUGAAGAUCUGAUGUUGGUAUGGUGCUGGUAGGGUUGAUUUAACUUGCCACUGAAGAAGGCAACCAGACAGACAGCUCCAUUGGUGCAACUUGAAUCUUCAGCUCGGAUUCUUUCUUUCUUAAAUUAUGCUAUAAGCUGCAUGGUGUUUGUCCACAUGCUCCGGCUAGUGUAAUAUAAUAGCAUUUUAGAUGACCUUUUCAUGGUUGCUAUCCUUGAGGACUAGGAGAAUUCCAUUGUAGAAUCAAGCUGCCUAUCUGUUUUUCAUGCCUCUUUAUCAUGCAUGUAUUGGAAUUGCUGCCCCAGCUUAUGCUCUGGUUCCUCAUCUGAGAUUUUCCAGGCAUGAGAAAUUUGUAUCUUUGAUUAGUAGAGCAUGAGAGGCUUGUAUCCCACUCUACGCUAGAACAGGCUUUAUGGACAACUCUUUGAGAGAACUUGUUCUGCUUAUCAAUGAAAGCCCAUAACCCAAUAACUCGAA